CCGGUGGUGGUGUAGUGGUGGCUCCCGUUCCUCCCCUCCCCUCUUCUGCGGGCGCAUGAAGGACUCCCGCACCGCACAUUUAAUAAUCGAAUUCGGGCCUUUGAGGGGACUUUUCAACGUUGACCAAACGGUUUGAAUGCGUUAUUGACGGUUUUCUUUUUUCCUUCAGAAAAACCCCGAAUCCCAAGUCGUCACAAUGGAUCAAGCGAAGUUGUCUCGGAUGCAAGCUAGCGUGCGGAUUGGUAUAGGCAAGGGUACUCCCCGCCGCAAGGUCAAGAAGGUCCACAAGAACUCCGGUGCCGACGACAAGAAGCUCCAGGCCACCCUCAAGAAGAUGAACGUCCAGCCCAUCCAGGCCAUCGAGGAGGUCAACAUGUUCAAGGAGGACGGCAACGUUAUUCACUUCGGUGCUCCCAGAGUCCACGCCUCCGUCCCCUCCAACACCUUCGCCCUCUACGGUAACGGCGAGGAGAAGGAACUCACCGAGCUUGUCCCCGGUAUCCUGAACCAGCUUGGCCCCGACAGCCUCGCUUCGCUCCGCAAGCUCGCCGAGAGCUACCAGAACAUGCAGAAGAACCAGGCCGGUGGUGAGGGCAAGAAGGACGACGAGGAGGAUGAUAUCCCCGAUUUGGUUGAGGGUGAGAACUUCGAGAGCAAUGUUGAGUAAAAAGGAUAUAACGAAACGAAAAAAUGAGAGAAGAGAGAUCAUAUCUUAAUGCAGCAUGAAAGUCGAAAAAGCACAUCCGGAUAAGAGGAGAGGGAUAUUUUUUUCUCAUGUUGAACAUGAUAUAUUUUUCGUUUUUACUUCCUUUGCCCGUUUUGACAAUGACAUAUGACCCAGUUCAGCGAAUAAAUCAUAACAGUCACGGCUUAUGAUUGGCAUUUCAAGGUUAUUGAGUUCUUCUCGGUUGCAAGUGUACGACUUUCUAUGUUUGGAUGUACUAGGGAACGAAUUGGACCAUACGAUGCAAUGAAGGAUGGGACUGAGCGUAUGAGUAACAGCUAACGCCAAUGCAAAUCUCGAAUCCCUGAACAACCUAUUAUGCAUGCAAUUAAAUAGUAAACAACCCGCUUCGCAACCUCAAAGAAGAAUAGAGAAAUCCAACACUGAAGAAGU